AUGGCAGAUGAAUGCGAGAAGCACGGGCGUGAAGUCAAUGAUGAAUUGUUUGGCAAUGUUGUUGACUUCAGCAAGGCCGAACGAGUUGGGUUUACUCAAGCAUUCAUUAUGUUCUGGACCAAUCGUGAGGAUUCACGUUCUCAGGCUGAACUUGAAGAUGCAGCAGGAGCACUCCUCAAAGGCUGUCAGCAGCAUUACCGGUCUCAGGUCACACGUGUCAAAAAAAUCAGUGGAGUUAUUGACCCUGCCAAAGCGGACAACUUUCAGAGUCGUGCCCUGGCCCUGCUGUUGGUCUUGGAUAUGGACACUUUCAAGCAAAAGGUUGCAUCCCUUUUACGAGACUAUCCCAAGACAAAGCCAUGGCUAGAGUGGUGGCUUCGUGACAGCCAUGCCCAGAUGCUGUUUCCUCCGUUUCAGAAGAUGAAAACGGGUCUAUUCCAGGCAAUGCCAAACUCUACUAAUGCAGAAGAAGCGAUGCAUGCAAAGCUAUAUGCCACAGUUGGCAAGCGCUACAACUUGAUGGAGGGGCUGCUUUGCUUGCAGGUUUUUAUGGAAAGUUUUCAACUACGUGCAGCUGGCCGAAGUGGUAUGUUGUAUAUUCUUCUGAGAACUCAUUCAAAAUCUCGCGACAAGCAACAGGCAUCCAAAGAAGACUUAGAUUCAGAUUCUGACAAUUCGCUCGACUCCAACAUCACUAACCAUCCACUGAGCUCGCGCCCCAGUUAUCCCUGGUCUCAAAACUCAUGUUGGCUUGAUACAUGCCUGGAGCUCAUGUUCAUUACCAUACACCCUCACUUUUAUACUGUCUUCCAGCCACGCUUCCUUGGAAUCCGUGAGGAACAUCCCUUAUGGGCUCUGAAUCAGGUCAUGAAAGUUCAUAUGAGCAUUGAUCAGACAUCUAAUGCAUCUCGUAUCUUGACGACUCAACGUGAUGGGUUCCGCAAGAAUCUGAGGGCCACACGAAUCAUCAAGGAUAUAUCAAGUGCAGACGGAGUAUUUGGCUGGCUAGGAAGGGCAUUCCGACUACUGCUGCAUAAGAUGCCACCUGAAGAGACAUACCUUGCUCGCACUUUCUUCGAGGCACAGAUCAUAGACCUACAAUUUUGCUCUGGUACUUCAGGAGGCCCAAUGCACUGGCAAAUACCACGUCAACCGCACCCAAAGUGUCAUUUUCAGCUUAAUGUCAAACUCUCAGCUCAAUACAAGGGCGAUCUAGCUGCUUGGUUUCGUGAUCUCAUUCGCGUGAACAAGGAGGCCACUUCUAAGACUUAUUGCUGGCGAACUUUGGAUGCACAGGUUUUAUGUGAUGGCUCCCCCAAUUUCAUCACUUUGUAUCUUGGAAUUCCUGUGAUGUUGAUAGUCGAGUUCGGUGAUGUUCUUCAUCACGACAACAAAUGGAACAUUCCCAAGCACAUAAGGCCCCUCACAAAAGAAGCCGAAGAACAGUGUUCCCUCGUUUACGAUGUGGUUGGCCUUGCCUUUUGUGACCCUACACCAAAGCUGGCACACUUUAUUACUCGCUACUCACUGGACGGCAAGAGGGUCUACCAUUACGAUGACCUUUCUCAUGGAGGAUAUGCACAAUUGUUGAAGAAUGCAACUGUCAAGAGCCAUCUUGUGGGCAAUUUGCAUGACAUCCCGGCACCAGGAGGCUUCAAUGUUCAUGGUGUUGUGUAUAGGCUACGUGGUGGCUCUGAUGCGCAGAACUUCUUUGCUGAACAUCAAAUAGCAGCCGCAGAACGUUUGCACCAUGUUCAUGUCGAAUGUGAUCUGCAGUCACCAAGUUCAAUUCCUAUCAUUUCUUUGUCUCGCACUGCAGUGGCUGCUGUUGAUCCAGACAAUCUUAUUUGGCUCAAAAACCCUGCAACUACACAGAAUAUAGAAUACAAGCAGGUGGUAACACUGAACACAGGCAGUAAUUCCAAGAACAAAGCCCCACCCCAACGCCAACGUUCUGGCACAAAAACGAAAAAACUUCGGAUCUUGUCACCGGUAUUGGAAACUGAAGAUCGGCCAUCCAUAAACGAGGGUGAAAAGCCGUCUGACCAGGCCGGUGCAUCUCGCAACGAAGAGGAAUCACUGUCCACAUCCAAGAUAAAGAAACCAUUAGAGCUGGACGACGGAGAGAGUGAAGCAUCUGACUAUACAUUUGAUUGUAGGUGUGGGGCUCUUGGCAAUGGCCAUGAAGUUGCAGGUGAGAGGUGGCCGAGCCAGCAAUCUUCAUCCAAAGGCAGCAUUUUAUUGCGAUGGAUGCUCAACCCAGGAGUCAAAAGUGCCACCUACCCGCAAGAGCAGCAGAAAAGCCACAACAAAGAAGAAACCGACUCCACUUCACACACGUCUGAUUCCUAUGACACUGUUAGCCUCCCUGCUAGUGCACGCAACCGAGUACGCUGGCAGGUGGUCUGGUGGCGCGGUUGCAGAUUCCCAUUAACUUUGGGAUCACCUCCUGGUGAUGUUGAGCAAGGGGAUCUCGUGGAUGAACUUUGGCAGGACCAAGCUAAGAGGCAUGAGAUUUGUCUCGGAGAAUGGAUCCACUCUUGGGAUACCCCUCGCGAAGAAGACUUGAUUCAAAACUUCAUGUCAGCAGAAGUAUCAAAAGAACUGGACGACAUCCUACUACCACAUAUUGCUUCGUUUCAGAAGCUCCUUGACAGUCCAGACUUGAACCAAUAUGGUGCGGAGGCAUACCCUGUGAUAGACUACAUCUUGCGAUCGAAGAAGAAGCCAGAUGGUGUGGGUGCAUACAGCAUACCAUUUUGUGGUGACAUUCCAUCUCACGAGUAUGCCAAAAUUGCACAUUGGUUCUCGGAGAAUGUUCCAGGUGCCUCCGGUCAAGUCGAAAAAUGGCUUGGUGGCAUGCCUUUGGUGCAUGCUUUCACUCUCGUAGUCGCUCAUCGAAAGGCCAGUGAUUUCAAAAAACGCAUUGAAGCUCGAAACGAAGAAUGGAACGAUAGCAUGCUGUUGAAGAUGGCUUGGGCUGAUCUCAUGAUAAGCUAUCCUACCAAUAGCUUUGUGGCUGACGUCAACCUCGAGUGUCUGACCGCACUAGAAGCAAGGAUGUUCGAGGAUUCCGAAGAAGCAGGACCUGCAGGCAACCAGCAAUGA